AUGGACUGUAGCUCACAGGACGAGAUGGGCGCCUGUCCGACCUCGACGGUAAGGGACUCGCAAUGUCAGGGGCAUCCCCGAAGGACGGACACGUGUGUCGAGUAUUGGACAAAGUGGGAUGAGUGGACACCAGGGUUGAAGGAUUCUUUUCAGGAGCGCCAUAUCGCUCAGAUGGAAGACUUCAUCAGGCAUAGGCUCCAAGUAUUCAUGAGCCUUGAACCGGAGCUCAUAGGUGCAGUCAAUAUACCCGCUGUAUCCUUUCCCGAAGAACCUGCAGAGGAUGCCUCGUACGAAGAAAAACAGAGAUACCUCAUAGAUUCAUACAACGUCGCCAUGGAUAUUGCCCUGCCAAAGAAGCAUGACCGAUGGCCUAGGCAACGGCGACUCUUACAAACCUCCCUAACUAAAUAUCGCCCUUUAUAUCAGGAACUCAGGCUUGAAGACCCCACCACAACCAUCAGACUCCUGGAAGUCCUCCCCGGCCCACCGGACGACCCCGUGAUCAAGACACGGCUUUUCAACGCAAGCCUCCAUUCCUUGGGUCACAAAUAUGAGGCACUCUCCUACGCCUGGGGUAAAGUGGCGAGCCUGAGGGAGAUGCGCUCUAUUCACGUCAACUCUUUCAAGCUGCCAGUCACUCCGAACUUGUAUAAUGCGCUGAUCUCACUUCGCCAGCCAGAUCGCCCAAGAAUGCUGUGGGUCGACUCAGUCUGCAUCAACCAGGGUGACCUCAACGAGCGCAGGGAACAAAUCGUGCUCAUAGCUCACAUCUACUCCAAGUCCGAGCGAACAGUCGUGUUUCUCGGGCCAUCAACUGCAAAGACUCACGCGUUUUUCACGUUUCUGUCACUGCCCAUCUGCCAACUCUCUCACUGCCAAAAAUGCCAAAAAGAUCAUGCGUGGCCCUCGCGGAACCAGGGCCCCGUUGAGGCUUGUGCCGAGGCUGGGUUAGACGAGCAGGAUGUUGUAGAUGGCUUCGUGCAAGUUUGCAGCAUGUCGUGGUGGACCAGGGUAUGGAUUCUUCAAGAGUUCAUGCUGAGCAGAUCAGACCCAUUGAUGCAUUGCGGUCGCGAUGCAGUCUCAAACCGUCAGCUAACAGUAAACGUUGACUACAUGUAUGGCUGGAUCCACGAUCGCAAGACACACCCGGAACCUGUCAUUGGCUGCACUGCUUACGGAGGAAAUGUUGGGCAGCAGGCCGACGACGUCGGUGACGAUGGCUCGGAAGACAAUGAGCAUUCUACCACGAGCGAAAAUCGCGAAGCCGCCAAUGAUCUCAGGGGUGAUGACCUGUCAGUGGCGAGCGGGCACAGUGGCGAUAAGAGAGACUAUUUUGAAGUUGUCCGCCGCCGUCUUAGGGGCCUUCGUCUUGCUCCAAGAAGCACGGACGGCCACGAGUGGAACAUAUGGGGAGCUCGCGUCUGGAUGGUAAAGAAUGUCUUGAACGGACGCACCCUUUGCCGGCCGUGGAAUGGCGCCCGGGAUGUCUACAAGUCUCUCAAAUCCAACUGCAGCGACCCCCACGACAUCGUCUAUGGCGUGCGAGAAUUGGCAGACCACGCCUUUCGGGACAUGUUCAUACCUGAUUACACUGUUUCAGUCUCGGACCUCUACACAAAGCUGGCAACCUACCUCAUCAUGAUGGAGUACUGCUCAGACCUGUUCUGGCAUUACCCUCACCGCCUCAAGGAUAAAUAUCCAAGGGGGUCGCAAGAGUUUACCAGCAUCCCCUCGUGGGUUCCAGACUUUACUCGGCGUGUCGAGCCCAAGGCAGCAGAUAGAGUCCCUGACCACGGAGCUAAGCCGAUUAGAAACAACCCAUUCAUCGUUGAUCGAGUCCUGUUCUGCACUGGGUGGGUCUUGGAUGAAAUCUUCCAAGUGUUUCCCCUUCCCAAAAAUGAUCCCUUCAGAUUAUUGCAGCAGCUCUGGUACAUCGAGAGAUCGCAUGGAUGGACUCCUUACGAAGUAAUGAGUGGGAAACCUUCCUUUAAUCUCCACGACUGGGACAAACCCAAGGAUACAAAGCCAUCCCUCAGGGGCUUUCAUCCCUUUCCUAGCGUCGCGUGGGCAACAGACAGAUCUGGCUCGUCGGAUGGCCGCUCCAUUGUGCAAACUCUUGAGGCAUUCAUGGAUCUCGAGGGUAUGGUUGAAGUUUUUGACAACGGCUUUGGGCUAGCAAAUCCUUGCCUACGACGUAUCUUUGAUAGGGAAGGAAAAAGAUACGGACCGUCGGCCUCACGCGAAGACCGGGACGAAUUCUUGGAGCGAGCUUCCGGCAUUCAUCACCGGCUUGGUGAUCUCAUGCUUGAGUUUAUGCGUGAGGGGGAUAAAAGAACCGACUUUAUUGGGAUCUGUACUUUUGAUUUCGAGGGUUUACGCGCCCAAGUCCUCCACAACUUGAUACCCAUGACGCCUUGGCAGCCUCUGAGAAUGAGCCGACCAAAGUUUGUCAACGAAGAGGUCGACAACAUUUGCAAUCCUCCCAUAGUCAACGCCGACUUGCAGAGACCAAUAGUCUACAGAUCACUACUUGCAUUAAUCAACAAAGGUAUUGAGGACGUCGAGGAGCGUAUUAUGCGGCGGGAGAUUGUCAUGAACUUCGCCCAAGUCGUGCACGAUGCUGCGAUGGAAUUAGUGGGGGGACAGAGUGAAGUCACCUAUGAGUAUUUAGGUGAUAAGUAUGCUCACAUUUUGAGACGCAUUGUGGAAUCCAGUGAUCAACUCAAUGCUGAUCACGGCCUUCAUAACGACGAUGGGAGUAAUGCCGGUGGACGUGAGGGUACUAUCAUGGAUCAUUUCGUCCUAUCACCAUUUAAUGAUGGCGAGGCCGAUAAUAGCCGCCCUGAUAGUGCCCUUAUCCUCUGCCAGUCAUAUCCGGAAGAUGACGAUCCUCUUUUAGAAAGGAUGUAUUUCGACGAGGCGGGUCAGCCAUUAGGACCGAAACCAGUCGAGAGCGCCUGCUCGUUCAAAAUACUAAACAAGAGCACAAUGAUGAGCGAACCUAGGCACAGGGCUAGCAGCAUUUAUGGCGAGAAUUCAAACGCUUCUGCCGACGAAGAACUUGACAUAGAACCGCAACGCGCAGAUGGCGACAUGGGAGAUUCGAGUUCUCCAGACGAAGCACAACGUGAUUAUCCAACCGAUCCCGCGGUUCCUCCAGUUGAAGAAUCAGAAGAAGACACUCACAGCAAGAAUGAGACGUACAACACUGCCUCAUCAUCGAAAAAAUCCCGACCUUCACUCAUCCGUGGCGGACCGAGUGGCGAACUCUCCACGUGGCGUCGUACCGAGAAGCGCAAAUCAACUCAGGUGCAUCUUGUUUUCCAAGAUCUGUGCGACUUUCUCGCUGGUCGAGAGUUCUUCAUCACUGAGACAGGCCUAAUGGGACUUACUGCGCCUGGCGUUCGAGGAGUCUGCGACGGCGACGACCUGCUCAUGCUGCAGGACAUGGCUUUUCCCAUCGUUGCAAGGCUUGAGCCUUCAGAGAAACUGGGGAAUCCCAAGAUGCGACGCAGAGACAUGCCGACAUUAAGGAUGCGAAGGGAAAUAGUAGGCUCGGCCAUUGUGCGUGGCAUCGACACAAAGGGCGGCCAACUGGACAAGGUAGAAUUCCCAGACCAUUUUGAGCCUUUGAGUGGUAGGAGUUUAGGAUUUUUGAGGAUUAAAUAA